AUGUCGAGCCAAGGAUCAAGAAGGGGUACACCCACCGUCCAGACCAACGUUGCUGGAGCUAUCAGUGUCACCGAGUGGAACACGGAUCGCAACCAAUCGUCUGUAGAGCAGUCAGUGGUAAACCCCAAAGUCCCCCCUCCCGAACAACAGGUAAUUGAUAAUAAGACCGAUAAAGCAAAUCCCGCCUAUUCCGGCGCGGUGAAGAAAACCAUAACUAUUCCGGCGGCUAGCCGUGAGGCACCAGUAGUAAAUGUACCCCUAGCUACCGCCUCCAAUGUCAAUAAUGAUUUUGUCAGACGUAAUCCGUUCCGUCGCGCGCGUGAGAAUCGGUACGAUCGCUGUCAAGUGUGUGGCAAUCAAAUUAGUGACAAUCUUCUUCAGUGCAAUGGUUGCAACGCGAAUUAUCACUUAGUGUGUGUUAAAAUGUCGUCAGGCCCAGAAGGACUAACGUGGUGGUGUAGGAACUGCCAGACUGCAGUCAGUGCUGGUUUCAAACCCCGACAACUGCAGCGCGUUCCCACCAAAGCAUCUUCAGACCCCACAGCAAACACCCAAGGAGAAAUCUCGCAUUAUAAUCCACCCCCAGCGGCGCCACCCAAGAGUCAGGUUCAGAUCCAGGAACCAAUUCUACGAGGGACGCGGAGCAAAGGAUCCAUCAGCAGCCGCGGGGCCAGCAGACGAAUUGAGCUGCAGCUUCAAAAACUAGAAGAGGAGAAGAAAUUUCACCAGCAGUAUCUGGACCAGAAGUACAGUCUCAUGUUGGAGUUGGACAGUGAAUGCAGCAGUGAAGUACUGGACGAAAACGAGCUGGAGAAGAUCGAGGACUGGAUUGCCGCUACGGAAGGUUGCGCAGACGAAUUGGACUCCGGAGUUGAUGCAGAGCUAACAAUGGAAGGACACAGGCACGGUAACGCAAACCUACUCACGGAGCACAUCGCUCGAAGAGCAGAUCAGUUAGACACGCAGGCCUUCAACGUUAACGAACUUCAUCGUGUACCAGUCGGAAACAUCGGAAAUCGUCAGGCAAGACCAGCAGCACCUGUAACUUGCAACCCGAACGACAUUAGAGCAGCCCCGGUCGGUAUCCACGGUCAAGGCCGAGCAGCGUACGUUCCUCCAGAUCAGAACAUGAGAAGAGCGUGUACAACAAAUAACUUUUUACCUCAACAAGGCUCAACGCCGAUGCGCCAGACAGCGCGCGAACAUGAUCCAACGAUUUUUCCACAACAUUUCGACCCGGUAGGCAAUGAAACGGUUUGUAUACUCAACCGAAGUCAGCUGGCGGCACGCCAGGCGGUCUCAAGAGAUCUCCCAGAAUUCAGCGGCAAUUCCGAAGACUGGCCCCUCUUUCUUUCCGUCUUCAAUACGUCGACCCAGAUGUGUGGGUUCUCACCGGAGGAGAAUAUGCUGAGACUACGGAAAUGCUUGAAGGAUAGGGCGCUGGAAGCUGUGAGAUGCCGCCUACUACACCCAUCUAACGUGGACGGCGUAAUAGCAACCCUCAAAAUGCUAUACGGAAGACCAGAGGCUAUAAUCCAGUCUAUAAUCAAGAAGGUUAGAUCCCUACCGGCUCCCAAUAUGGAAAAAUUGGAAACCGUUGUCAACUUCGCCCUCGCAGUGGAAAACCUUGUAGCCACCAUGCAAGCUUGUCAGAUCGGAGACUUCGUGUACAAUGCUUCAUUGCGACUGGAGCUAGUGGAUCGCCUCCCACCAACAUUAAAACUAGACUGGGCAAAAUGUGUUCGCAACAACCCGGCACCCAACCUUAUCGACUUUAGCAGCUGGCUGUACAAUACAGCAGAAGAUGCCAGUGCAGUCAUGGUCUCUCCGUCAACAGGACUGCGGCCUCGCAGUACCAAAAAGGAAGGUUUCCUGAACCACCAUUCGGAGACCAGCCCUGAUGUCUCACGCAGACAAUGCGUGAAGUCAGCUACAGAAUCUUCAACCAAGAGCGAAACAUCAAGAAUCUGCAUCGUGUGCAAGGGAACCUGCUCGGCGCUGCACAACUGUAAGCGUUUCAACGAGUUCAGUUUUGACUCGAAAUGGGCGACUAUCAAGGAGCACAAGUUGUGUCGCAAAUGCCUCCGGAAACACAACGGAAACUGCAGAUUGAAGCAGCAAUGCGGAGUCAAUGGCUGCACCUAUCUGCAUCAUCCACUUCUCCACGGAACCAGGCACGCUAGCGGUGAAUCCAACGGCCCGCAACAGGAUCCACCCCGAGUUGAAACCACCAGUGUCAACGUACAUCAAGGACAGUCAGAUUUCCUGUUCCGCAUCUUCCCGGUCACCCUCCAUGGUCCGCAUAAGACAAUACGAACGUACGCAUUUGUCGACGACGGUUCGGAAUUGACACUAAUUGAACAGAGUCUUGCGGAUGAGCUCGGCGUAAAGGGAACCAACAUCCCGCUGUGCUUGAAGUGGACCGGGGAUACUUGUCGAGUAGAAAAAUCAUCGCAGCAAAUAGGACUUCAAAUAUCCGCCGUACAAAACCCAGAGAAAAGGUUCAGUCUUUCUGAUGUACGCACAGUAGGAAACCUGAAAAUUCGGCCGCAAACGCUGCGGGCAUCCGAAUUACAAGAACGAUACCCUCAUCUAGCGGGAAUACCAUUGGAAUCGUAUAGAAACAUCAGUCCAGGACUCCUGAUAGGACUUGACAACGCCGCUCUGGGUCACGUGACCAAAAGCCGAGAAGGAAAUCUGAACGAGCCUAUCGCCGUAAAAACACGACUUGGAUGGACAGUGUAUGGCUGCUGCUCGACCGACACUAAGCGAAUUCAUCACGUCAACCAUCAUAGUGUUGAGGCUUGUCACUGCAACGCAAGCGACGAAGACCUUCACUUGGCAAUGAAGCAGUAUUUCGCGCUGGACAGCCUCGGCGUUACCAUUCCAUCCAAACAGUUGAUGUCGUCGGAGGACCAGAGAGCCCGAACCCUACUGCAAACUCUUACAAUACCUAAGGAAGGUCGCUACGAAUGUGGCCUGUUAUGGAAGUAUGACAACGUUAGACUACCGGACUCAAAGCAAAUGGCCUUAAACCGUUGGAAGUGUUUGGAUCGGCGCCUGAUGAAGGACUCGUCCCUAGCCGAAGUUCUCAGGCUCAAAAUUGGAGAGUACAUCGCGAAAGGCUACAUCAGCAAACUAUCUACGGAAGAGCUCAUGAUACCACGACCUCGCGUAUGGUAUUUACCGAUGUUUCCAGUCUGGAAUCCCAACAAGCCGGGUAAAACAAGACUGGUAUGGGACGCUGCCGCGACUGCCCAUGGUGUAUCCCUGAACUCCGUUCUAUUGAAGGGCCCAGACCAACUAGCAUCGCUUCUAACGAUUCUAAUCAAAUUCCGAGAGUUCAAGAUAGCAGUUUGCGCUGAUCUUCGGGAAAUGUACCAUCAGGUACUGAUGCGCGAGGAUGACCAACAUUGUCAACGUUUUUUCUGGAAGCAUAAUGACACAGAUCCCGAACCCAGCGUUUACGUCAUGAAGGUGCAGUCAUUCGGCGCGUGCUGUUCGCCUAGUAUCGCACAACACGUUAAAAAUCACAAUGCUGAAAAAUUCAAGCAAGAAUGCCCUGCCGCUGUUGAAGCUAUCACCAAAUGUCACUACGUGGACGAUAUGCUUAUGAGUGUGGAGACGGAAGAAGAAGCCGUCCAGGUGUCUACGGAUGUUAGAAAGAUUCACAAGCAGGGCGGUUUCGAAAUGCACAACUGGUUGUCAAACUCGCCGCGGGUUCUACAAAUUCUAAAGGAACCAACAACGAAGGAGAAGGACUUCAGCAUCGGACAGGAUACUAUGGCUGAAAAGGUCCUCGGAAUGUGGUGGGAAACCAACUCGGACUGUUUCACGUACAAGCUGUCUUCACGUCUAGAUUCUGGAUUGUUAUCCGGGGACCGCCGUCCUACUAAACGCGAAGUAUUACGCACGCUGAUGAUGCUGUACGACCCAUUAGGGCUCAUCGCCCACUUCACAAUGCUCUUGAAGGUAUUGCUUCAAGAAAUCUGGAGGACUUCAGUAGACUGGGACGAUGAGAUAGAAGACGCACAGUUCGCGAAGUGGCUGACGUGGUUGAAGGCGUUACCAAGUAUAGCGGACAUCAAAAUUCCACGCUGCUACCGAGUAGAAACCUCGUUGGCUGACGGCAUUGAGAUCCAGCUCCACACCUUCAUGGACGCCAGCGAAAGCGGAUUUGCGGCCAUUGUGUAUUUAAGGUUCCAAGACACGAAGUCGAUCGAGUGUUCGCUAGUUGGAGCCAAAACAAGAGUCGCCCCAUUAAAGUUCCUAUCAAUUCCGCGUUCUGAGCUACAGUCCUGUAUUCUCGGUGUAAGACUUAGUGAAACCAUCCUGCAGUCGCUUUCCGUUAAGGUAUCAAGAAGAUUCUUCUGGACCGACUCCAGAGACGUGUUAUGCUGGCUAAACUCAGACCACCGACGAUAUAGUCAAUUCGUUGCUCACCGUGUUAGCGAGAUUCUGGAAGUGUCAAACGCAGAUGAAUGGUACUGGAUACCAACCAAACACAACGUAGCCGACGACGGUACCAAAUGGAAGCAGACGAUCAAUUUGAGCUCUUCAUGCCGUUGGUUUACAGGGCCCGACUUCCUCCGUAAACCACCAGAUACAUGGCCAGGGACUACACGCUCCAUCGGCACUACUGAAGAAGAACUUAGACCACAUCUACUAACGCACGUUCAAACCGAGGAUCCAAUCAUAGCACCACAAAAUUUCUCGCAGUGGUCUAGAUUGUUGAGAAGAAUUGCAUACCUUUACAGAUUUGUCGAUUGCUGGAAAGCCCGUCUUCAUAAGGUACCGAUAGCUCAAGGAACGCUAACUCAGGCAGAGCUUGCCAAGGCCGAGCGCUAUCUGUAUCGUCUGGCGCAAGCAAAUGCGUACUCUGCAGAAGUAACCGCUCUCUCGACGAAUGCUGCCACAAAAUCACCUCGACAAGUCGCAAACCAUAGCUCGAUUCGUCGAUUAAGCCCCUUUCUGGACGAGCACGGAAUCCUUAGAGUUCGUGGGCGCACGAGCGCCUGUAAGUUCAUUGACUACAACGCAGUGAAUCCUAUUAUACUACCGCAUCAAGAGCACAUCACAAGAUUGAUAGUGGAGGACUUUCAUCGCAGAUUUCUACAUCAAAAUCAUGCUACAACGAUGAACGAAAUUCGCCAACAGUUUCACGUAACGCGACUCAAAAGUGUCUACCGUACCGUUCGCAGAAAGUGUCAGCAAUGCCGUAACGAUCAUGCCGCUCCACAACCGCCAGCCAUGGCAGACCUGCCACAGUCGCGUCUAGCUGCCUUCAGUCUUUCGUUUGUCUACAUGGGGGUGGAUUACUUCGGUCCACUGUUGGUCGUGGUCGGCCGCCGUACAGAGAAGAGAUGGGGUGUCCUGGGUACAUGCCUGACGACUCGCGCCAUUUGCAUAGAGAUUGCCCACACUUUAACCACCGAUUCAUGCGUUAUGGCAUUACGGAAUAUUAUGGUACGGAGGGGGGUUCCAGCGGUCAUCUAUAGCGACAGAGGAACAAAUUUCCAAGGCGCUAGCAAAGAUGUGCAACAAGAAAUGCACAACCUACAAGAGCGUCUCGUAACAGCAUUCACCACAUCCAAAACAGAGUGGGUCUUUAUCCCACCUGCCUCACCCCACAUGGGAGGAGCGUGGGAACGGAUGAUUCGAACGGUCAAACAAAAUCUGAACAAACUUCUCCCCAAUAGAUUUCCAAGUGAUGAAGUUUUGAGGAACACAAUGAUGGAAGUAGAGAACAUAGUCAAUUCUCGGCCUCUUACUGAAAUUCCCCUCGACAACGACCAGUCACCUGUUCUGACUCCCAAUCACUUCCUGGUGGGGUCGCAGAACGGACUAAAACCUCGGAUUCCGUUUGAUGACAGUCCGGUAGCCCUGAAAUACGGUUGGCAACACUCUCAAGUGAUGGCUAACAGAUACUGGAAGCAAUGGCUACGCGAUUACCUACCAACGAUAACGCGAAGGAAUAAAUGGUUCAACAAUGUAAAGCCGAUUGAAGUAAACGACAUUGUGGUCAUUGUGGACCCUCAGCUGCCACGUAACCAGUGGCCAAGAGGACGGGUCAUCGGGGUCACUACAUCCGCAGAUGGCCAAGUGAGAAGCGCCACGGUGCAGACAUCAAAUGGAGGAAUCUAUGAGCGACCAGCUGUAAAGCUCGCCGUGCUCGACGUUGGCGUUUCGAAGAAUACAGCUACGGAGGAUCCUACGUGUAUUUCAGGGGGGGAAUGUUAG